UAGACUGUAGAGUUACGCCGAGCACAAACAAGGUUAGCUCAUUCGCUCGAUGAGGUAACCUCGCUACGACGUAUUUCGUGCUCGAGCGAGCUUCGCGUAUCUCGGAAAAUCAACCGGUGCUAAAAAAAAAUAUCAAUAAAAAAAGUGUUGCCAUAAAUUACAGUGUAAUUAUAAUUAUUAAUUAAUUAAAUAAAAAUUGUGUGUACUGUGCGGUUAAAUUAAAUGGGUUGAUAUUGAGUAUGACGAGUGUUUUGAAGAAAUCUAGAGGCAGUAAAGGAAAAUCGGAAUCCAUGCAAGAAGAUUUACCGUCUAGGUGGUAUGUCAGGCCGCACAAGGCCGAGGACUCUGGGAAGUUGAUCAAGUUUAUAGAUGAGAAUAUCAUUGGAAAAGGGGAUUCGUUCUGCGGGCCUUUUGGACGACGAAAAGUGGUGUACUGCGACUACAGUGGCUCGGGUCGAGGCUUGCAAUGGGUGGAAGAGUACGUGAUGCGAGAUGUGCUUCCUGCGCACGCGACUCGCUGCACUGCACUGUCUGUCACCUCUGGACAGAGCGAGAUCUAUCGGUCAGAGUCAAAGGAAAUCAUCCGCAAAUCGGUCGGGGCUUGCAGUGACGAUGCGGUGAUACUUGGGGCUUCUCUGACCCGGUUCCUGCGAGCGCUGCGGCCUCAGCGGGUCGCACUCUUCGUGUCUUCAAGAGAGACUGAGAGGCAGUUAGAACCGUGGAAGGAAUAUGACGCUGAGAUAAUCAAGAUACCGGAAACCAAGGAAGGGUUCAUUGAUCUCAAUAACUUAGAGUUGAAACUUCAAGAGAAUACAGGGACUGGCAAGCGUAUGAUUGGGUUCUUCCCAGCAGCUUCCAAAUUGACAGGAGUUCUGGCUGAUGAUGUCGCAACCACCUUACUGUUGCACCAAUAUGGGGCGUGGUCCUUCUGGGACUUUACUCUAGUAGCUCCUACCUCUGCUGUGGAUAUGAAUCCCACGUUUUUGGGCGUUGAAGAUGUAAUGGUUAAGAAGGAUGCUCUGUUCUUUAAUUGUGAGAAGUUUGUUGGCGGAGUUCAGGGGCCAUACGUUGCGGUUGUGAAGAAGGACAUUUUCAAGAAUACUCCCCUGUAUUCUGAUGAUGUUGAGGUACUGGCGGAAAGGAUUGAAGAAUACAGGUGCACAGAGGCUGUGAGAGCAGCGAUUGUCAUGCAACUUCGGGACGCGAUUGGUGUACAGAACAUAGCUGAAAAACAGGAUCACAUUACGAGACAAGUCGUAUCACACAUCAGAAACAUCCCUGAAUUAAUCCUGCUCGGGAGUGAAUCUCGCACUAUGAGAAGGUUGCCCAUUUUCUCCCUGAUGGUGAAGCAUCCAAGAGGGACCUUCCUCCACCACAACUUCGUCUGUGCUGUGCUUAACGACGUGUUCGGAAUCCAGGCGAGGGGUGGCCUGAACAGCAACUUGAGCUACGGAGCUGAUAUUCUGGGGAUUGAUGAAAAGCUUCUGAAGGAGUACGAGAAACUGUUGGAUGUUGAAGCACAAAAAGAAAUAGCACGAGUUCGGAGAUUGAGUGUCGUAAAAUCACCAGAGAUCCCAAUACACAAUGAGCACCUCAGGCCUGGCUUCUGCAGAGUUUCACUGCCUUUCUUCAUGUCAGAGAACGAACUGGCAUUUGUCUUAGAAGCUCUCAAGAUGGUGGCCACUGAAGGCUGGAAGAUUCUGCCACAGUACGUCGUCAAUUCACAAACAGGCCAAUGGAAACACCACGCAUGCUCUGUUCUUAGAGAUAAGAAAUCAUUGUUUUCUUUGAGAUUUAAUGACGGACAGAUAACCUCUCAUGAGAGGCGAAUAUCGGGCCCAGGAAUAUUUCCACACACUUACACAGAAUGUUUGCAAACAGCUAGGAAUUUGUUUAAUAGAGCCAGAAAAUUGGCAAUGAAAUGUUCAACAGUUGAGCCUGAAUUCGGUUUCAAUCCAAAAAUAGAUUAUUUGAGAUGGUUUAUGUUGCCAAAGGAAGCACACGACCUACUGUUGGGCAAAUCUGCUAAUGUCAAACACAUUGUACCUUUUGAUCCGUCCGGAUAUACAGGAGCGAGAAAAAGUCUCAAUCACGUAUCUAGGUCUUCCAAUACCUCGUCUCCUAUAUUAGGAUGCUCCGCAAGACAUUUUAGUCUUUCUGCUAUCGAUGACUGUCACUUGUUCAGAUUGAACCAAAGGCAAAAGUUCUACUCAAGGGAAUCUAGUUUGAAAGAAACUGCAAAAGAAGAGGCCGUUUCACUCUCACCACGUCCAGUGCAAUUCGCAGUAGGAGAAUCCGUAUCUCCAUUGCGUAUAGUUCCUCAAAAUACAAAACUGGCAUUAACGAGGUCGAGGUGCUAUUCUUUAGGAUCAGAUUUACCACAGGUGCCACUGAGUGUGCAGACUAAAAUGAAUCUUGGACUUAAGGAAGCGAGUCCAAAUUCGACUGAGAAGGCGAGCAGUUUUUGCCAUUGCGGCAGUCAAACUGACUUGCCAUCAUUGGAUGACGUUUUAAUAUCACCCACCAAAAAAUAUCCAUUCAGUACACAGAGCAGCACAUCGGCAUCUGAUUGCAGCCAAGUGGGUCGCACGUCACCGACGGCCUCGAUCACUUCGCACACUUCAGAAGACCUUCAAGCCUACGUCAAAGAGAUGACAAAAGAAAUAGCAACGGAGAUUAAAUCAGAAAUCCGUGAAGUGAUCUCCAAAGUGGAUGACAUUUUAGAGAAUUCCGAUUCUCUUGAACAGGCGAAUUUAAGCAUGACGUCGAUUUCUAGUCAGGCGAGUGAUAGAAAUUCUGUUUCAGUCAUAGAUGUGGCAGAAUAUUUAAUGGGUAUGUCCAAAGAAAUGGCUUCGGAGGUUAAACAUGAAAUCCGAGAGAUGGUGAACAGGGUUGAUGAAAUGAUUUCUCCUGAUGUAACAGGGGCGGGAUCAAGACGAAGUUCUCCUCCACAACCUAUAAGAAAAAGAAUAGGGUCUGGUCCUGAAUUAGGUUUGGAAUUGAAUAGGUUGAAUACUGCGCAGAAUUUAAAGAAAUGCCCGACUAGUCCGAUCCUCCAAUCGCAGUACGAUGAAGAGGAAAGCCGUGUAUAUAAGAGAUCUCCAAGUUCACUCUCGCCCAAAUCAGCACAAUGCACUCCCUUACAUGAAGCUUCUGGACCUAACAGCAUCUCGUUUAACUCCAGCGAAACAUCCACACCAGAUACGAUUAUUCAAGUGGUGACCACCAACCAAAACUCUCCAGUCCUUCCUAAAUCUUUAAGUUCAAACAAAUUGUCUGAUGACGAAGUUAGUUGUACAGAUGUGAUUUGUAGACAUUGUUGUAUUAAGAAACCGUGGUGCCAAAAUACUUCGGUCAGCUCUCAAGACAGCGGGAUCAACAUGAAUUUUACUGACGAGUCUUAUGUAGAUUACGUAAAAUGGCGAACUUCUUCAGAUCCAACGACUAACAAAGUUCGGAAACUGCAAGGCAGACUCCGAAUGUGCCCAAGGCAUGACAAGAGCGAGGUCCCGGACAUUAUCGAAGGAGUUCCCGUUUGCUCCGCUGAUCAGACACGAUCCUACAAAACGUUCAGCGAAACUGACCCCGGGAGAGUCGUCUUCCAAAUACAAGAUGAUGAGAGACAGAAUCGAAAUACUUCUUCAGCGAUGGAUUCCAAGAGGUCAAGCAGGUCAUCAAAUGCAUCGUCGAGUUGUUCUGACCGCAGCUCCAGGUCGAGUGGAUAUGGCACCGAUGGGCCGAGGACUUCUAAUGAUGAACAGUUUUAUGAUCGAAGUGAGUCGGAAUGCCGCUUCAAGGCGGACUGCUGCUGGGAGGAGGAGCCGGAUGACAGCAGCGCUUGCAGUGACACUUCGCUUACCGACUUCACCUUCGACGACGAGGGCAAGUGGCACUGCCCGCCUAAAGACGUCUGGAAAGCUACUGUUGAGGCCAUUCACGAAUACAACAUGGUUAGACCGGGCGAUAAGGUUCUGGUCUGCCUGUCCGGUAGCCGGGACUCCAUAGCGCUGCUCCACACUAUGCAUCAAUACCAGUUCUACGCCAGGUCUAAGGGAACACACUUCAGUAUUGGCGCACUCUUUAUCCAAGAACCCGAGUCAGAUGUAGAUCCUUUGCACUUGAUGGCAUAUUGCAGAACGCUUGGUGUCAAGUUUAUUUAUCAGGACAAAUUGAACCAUGAGGAAAUCCAAAGGCAAAACAGCGCCUCCAAAAGCCCCGAGCUCCACCGUUGGUCGUCGCAUGCGGUGCGGCGCCGCAUGUACGGCGCGGCGGCGGCGCACGGCUACGGAGUGGCCGCCGUCGCUCAGAACAUGGACCAUGCUGCCAAGGCGUUCCUGGCCAGCGCCCUGUAUGGAGGCGCUUUGAGAAGCACUAAGGCACAUUAUCGAGUCAGAGAGCACAAUAUUCGAAUCAUUCGACCAUUUAUCUACGUGCGAGCAAGAUCGCUGGAGGCGUUUGGCUGGUCGCGAGCACUUCCACUUUUUGGACACCAUUCACCUGAAUCGCCGCCUACUGACACUGAUGAAAGCAAACUAGAAUUAUUGAACCGCUCAGCUUCCGAGCCCUGUAGCAAAGCAAAAGACGUCACUCUCGAAGGCCAGCUAACUGAAUCCAUAUCUGCACCUUUAACUGAAACUAUAUCAGGACCGCUAGAAGAAUCCUUUAUGGAUCCUUUGGCAGCUGCACAGGAACUCCUCAGCGGUCAAGAACGCAUGCAUCCGUACAUCUUCGCCAGCUUGAAGAACGCUCUGCAUCCUCUGAUUAGUGCAAGUAACAUCGAGAAAGAUCUAAAAGAGAAUAGACACAGAAAGAAAUCUGUGAUUCAAAUGAAAAAUGGCGCCCCAGUGUACGACUCGGAAGAGGGCACGGAAGAGGAACCAGUGCCAUAAAUAAUGAAAAUUCCCGCCAAAACUGUAACUUGGGCGUCCGCCAUGUUGAAAAAAAAAUUUUUUAGAAUCUAUGAUAUACUUUAUAAUAAAUCGGGGUAACUUUAACAGAACUGUAAUGAUAAUGGAAUUGGAUGAAUUUGAUUGGAUUGAAUUAUUGGACAUUAAAAACAAAGAGUAAAGCUAUCCUGAUCUUAUUAACUUUUGUAGUAGGUACCUAUGUUGUCUCUUUCUCAAUCAAUAUUAUUUCUUAGUACGACAGAGACAAACUUCGUUUUGCUGUAUGUGUGUUGCCUUUAAAAAAAAGGCAGUUUAUGAUUAGUUACUAAAACAACAAUUUAUAUGUUAUAGUGUUGUUAAUAAGAGUUAUUAUAAAAUUAAAGUUAUUUUUUGUAUUUAACGAAUAAAAAAGUCAUAAUUAUUAUUACUUACAUUGUAUUUUGUAUUCUUGGAUGAAUUUGUAGCUAUAAUUUUAUUUUUCCAUUCAGGUUACUUUAAGUUUUCCUAAAUUUUGCUAUAUCGUGUUAAUCCAUCUUUAUCGACGUAUUUAAAAUGUAAAAGUGAUUGUAUGAUUGUUUAUUUUAAUAACUGAUCUUAUGGCUCUAAAUUUUAACUUUUUUUGACUAUAUAUUUAGUUGUUACUCGUAUAUUUUUAUGGUUAAUUUAAGUAUUGCCAUU